CCUUUCGAAAAAUCGAGAGCAAGAUGCCCAAUAAUUAACUGGAACUUGGACCAAAAUCUAGAGAGAGAAAGAGAGAGCAAAAAUGGCGGACGCUGCGGUGGAGUUCCUGCUGGAAAAUCUGAAGCAGCUGCUGCUCCACCACGCGCAGCUAAUCAAAGACGCGAAGGGGCAGGUGGAGCAGCUGCAAGAGAACGUCGGAUUCUUCAAAUCCUUCCUGAAGAAGGUGUCGAGCAAGAAGCUGCGCAAGGACGACACGCUCAAGGAGCUGGUCCGCGACAUCCGCGGUGUGAUCUACGACGCCGACGACGUAAUCGACGCCUUCGUCACCCAGGCCGCCGAGAAAAAGACCCACGGCUACUUCUCCAAAUUAUUCAACGCCUCCAACGGCCUUAGCCUCAUCGACGUCGCCGAGAAGGUCAACGCUAUCUGCAGCCGGAUCACCCAGAUCUACGGCGGCAAGGACAAGUUUGACCUCGUCAACCUCGCCAACGCCAACGAUGGCCCCGACGAAGACGCUCUUCAGCCUACACCAUCAAGGAAAGAUAAUGUGGUGGGUCUAAAAGAUGAAGCUGACAAGAUAGUUGGGUAUCUGAACGCAAGCACUUCGUAUCUGGAUGUCAUCUCCAUCAUUGGCAUGCCCGGCCUGGGGAAGACUACGUUGGCCGGAAAGAUCUAUCACGAUCCCGACAUCAAAUACGAAUUCCCCACCCGUAUAUGGGUUUAUGUCUCACAAGAGUUCGUAGUGAAGGAGGUGUUUCUUUCCAUUUUGAGACAGAUGGUGACCAACCUCAACGAGGAAGACUACAUCAAAAAGAGCGCCUCAGCGCUCGCUGACGAGAUAUCGGGUGCUCUAGAGGCAGGCAAGUUCUUGCUAGUGAUGGACGAUGUGUGGGAGCCCACGGAUUGGGAGAAGCUCAGAGUCUGUUUGCCUAAGCAUAACGUGACAGGGAAAGUCAUGAUCACCAGUCGUCAAGUGGGCGUGGGGAGGUAUGCCAACCGCUUCAGGGAGCCGCACCAUUUGCGUAACUUGAAUUUACAGGAGAGUGUUGAGCUUCUACAGUGGGAGGUUUUCAGCAAGCCGGAGUUCCCUUCUGAGUUGGAUGGUGUAGGGAGAGAGAUAGCUGAAAACUGCGACGGUUUGCCACUUGCUAUUGUGGUGAUAGGAGGCGUUCUUGCCACCAAGGUUUUAAGGUCUGUUGCUGCUUGGGAGAAAGUUUCAUCUAGUGUCACUACGUUCCUCCAAUAUGAUCCACAGAAUCGCAUGGACAAGAUCAUAUCUUUGAGUUAUGAGAAGUUGCCUUACCACUUGAAGGAAUGUUUCCUUUAUCUGGGGAUGUUUCCAGAAGAUUUUGAGAUCCCGGCGUGGAAAUUGAUCCGGAUGUGGAUUGCAGAAGGACUAAUACAGCCUCAGGAUGGCCUUAGCAUGGAGGAGAUUGCUGAAUACAAUCUCGAUGAUCUGAUCAAUCGGAAUCUAGUUAGGGUUGAGAAAUUGAAGGCCGAUGGGAGAGUCAAGUCGUGUCGGAUUCAUGAUAUGUUACGUGAAUUCUGCAGGGUUGAAGGUGGGAAAGACAGGGAGAAUUUCCUCCAAGAAAUCAAGCAGUCUAGUGAUGGAGGGCUUCAACCUUCCGUCGUUGAAGGGGAGAAGCAUCGUCGCCUCUGCAUCCACUCGCACGUUGUGGACUUUCUCAAUAAAAACCCGAGAGGCCCUUACGUCCGCUCGUUUGUUACCUUCGCUGAGGAUAUAGAGCUGCCAACGGACAAAAUCUCAGCUAUUACUGCAGCUUUUAAGCUUCUGAGAGUUUUAGAAGCAAAGCCCCUCAAAUUCAGCAAACUACCAAGUGAUUUCUACCAGCUAAUUCACUUGAGGUACCUUGCGCUAUCCAUGAAGCUGGACUCGAACUCAAAGGCUUCUAUUCUCCCCAAAGCCUUCAACAAGCUUUGGAACAUACAGACUCUUGUAGUCGACACAACAUCACGUGCUCUUGAGAUCAAAGCAGAUGUCAUGAGCAUGACUCAGCUAAGGCAUUUGAAGACGAACGCGUGCACCACUCUUGCCAAGCCAGGUAAAGACAGCAAAGAAGGCGAGAAGCUUCAGAGCCUCGGCACAAUGUCACCGGAGAGCUGCACGGAGGCAGUAUUCGACAGGGCUCGCAAUCUGAAGAAGCUUGGAAUUCGUGGCAAACUAUCCUUAUUCCUUGAUAGCAAGAGUGGAUCAUUUGAUAGUCUGAGGAAACUGAGCAAUCUUGAGAAACUGAAGCUUCUCAAUGAUGUAUUCCCAAAGGCGGCUUCGGAUGGGAAGCUUGACGGCCUCCCCCCGGCCUAUAAAUUCCCGGUGAAACUGAGGAGCCUGACUCUACUGAACACUUUUCUGGAUUGGAGUCACAUGUCUAUUUUAGGAUCGUUGGAGAAAUUGCAGGUGCUGAAGCUCAAGGACAACGCGUUUGUGGGAAAGAGUUGGAAGGUGGAUGAGAGAGGCUUCGAUGCUCUUGAGGUUCUGCACAUUGGUCGGACGGAUCUGUCGAUCUGGAUGGCGUCUGCGCAUCAUUUCCCGAGCCUUAGGCGGCUUGAACUGCACAACUGUGAGAAGCUUAAAGAAGUUCCGUUAGCGCUGGCUGAUAUUCCCAAGCUGGAAUACUUGGAUUUGCAGCGCUGUAAGGAGGCAAAUGCCUCUGCCAAGCUUCUUAAGGCCAAGAAGGGUGGCGCCACCUUCACCCUCUCCAUUUUUCCUGCAGAGGCAUGAAAACUAUUUGGUAGUUGAUGCAAAGAAGUGAACGGAGUUGGUGAUUAUGCCUAUUGCCUAUUGCCUAUUGCCUAUUGCCUAUUGCCUAUUGGCUUAUCUUGUCUUUGAUCAAAUGGGUCCUAUCUUUGUAUGUUGUGCAUUUUGAGUGAUAAAUAUUGUGGACUGAUGUUCAAUAAUAAUCAUAUUGUCGUUUGCAUUUUAGUGGCAACACAUA